AUGGGAAAGAUCACCUUCUACGAGGACCGCAGCUUCCAGGGCCGCUGCUAUGAAUGCAGCAGCGACUGCCCCAACCUGCAGACCUACUUCAGCCGCUGCAACUCCAUCAGAGUGGACAGUGGCUGCUGGAUGCUCUAUGAGCGCCCCAACUACCAGGGCCACCAGUACUUCCUGAGGCGUGGGGACUACCCUGACUACCAGCAGUGGAUGGGAUUCAGUGACUCCAUCCGCUCCUGCCGCCUCAUCCCCCACGUGAGUCACUCUGGCACUUACAGAAUGAGGAUCUACGAGAGAGAUGAGUUCAGAGGACAAAUGUCGGAGAUCACAGAUGACUGUCUGUCUCUUCAGGACCGCUUCCACCUCAGUGAAAUCCACUCCCUCAAUGUAAUGGAAGGCUGCUGGGUCCUCUACGAGAUGCCCAGCUACAGGGGACGACAGUACCUGUUAAGGCCCGGGGAAUACAGGAGAUAUCUUGACUGGGGAGCUACAAAUGCCAAAGUUGGCUCUUUUAGACGAGUCAUGGAUUUUUACUGA